UUGUCUGCCCCUCCCCCAUAGAGCGACACUCCCAUCUGGUCAUUCCUGUGGUCCAAGUAGACCGUCUUGACCGCACCGAACAUCGAUGGCGCACUCUCAGUGAUCCACUCCGGCAAUGGGUGGCGGGCGUCACGAUGUGUCAUUCCCUCCUCACGUAGAGGUCAGCCGCUUGCUUGAAGGAGAGGCCAUAGAGCUCGCUCGCGCCGGUUGCAUGUUCGUCGAGGAGGUAGGGGGAGAGGGUGACGUGUGUGGCGCUCGUCGUGAGCAGCUGCAGUGUCGGUCGAGCGCCGGCGAGCUGCUCUGGCUUGCCGAUCAGCGGCAGGUGGACAUGUCGGGGGGCGGGGCAUUCGCGCGUUGCUCGCCUGACGAGGCGAAGGUCUCCGUUGUCCACCUGUCCGGCGUGGUACAGCUCCUUUGCGCCUUUCGCCAGCCACGUGCUUCGGAACUUGUGCAGAUCCUACAAGCACACAUACACACAUCCAAACAUACAGCAAGGUACCCGUGCUGCAAUGCACUGCCAUGUGAAUGUGUACCUCCACAUCGAAGGCUUUGUCGAGUGUCGUCGUACAGCUCACACCCUCCAAACACUCAAGGCCGGUAAGUGGGGAGGAUUUGCUGUCAAAACUGAGGUGGACGGCCCCCGUCAGCGAUUUGAUGGUGCUGUGAGAAGGCGUCCCCAGCAGCGAUUGGACGAUUGCGGUGAGACUCGUGUACUCGUGUCUAUCAGCUGACACCUGCACCAAGAGCAUCCAGCCAUCCAUCCAUCGAUUGCAUCAUGGCCGCAUUACCCCACCCCCCCACCUGGUCGAGGAGAUGGAGCGACUGCAGACCCCCGGCUCGCUUGAGCAUCUUCAGCCCCCCUGGAGCAGGCCACUCGACGCUCAGAUUGGUAAGGGCGGGCAUCUCGUACACCUGCCUUGCACCGCUCUGCCUCUGCAUCACCACCUCCACCCACUCACGUGUGAGGACGGCCUUGGCAAGCCGCGGGAACCUCACACUAGCGGCGAGGCUGCUCUUGCCGAACCUGAAUUGGCUUGUGCGGUCGGCCUUGGGGUCCACGGUGAUCUCUGUGACGUUUCCAGCAGCGGCCUCGAGCAGCCCGACGCUGACGAUGUGUGGGCCUGCGUUGAUCGACACGCAGACGCUACUGGUGCGGGACAGCACGUCUGCAGGAGCCACCAAGCCAGGCCACCAAGACACACAGAGACAAGUGGCGGCUUAUGUGCCCGUCGAGUGCUGCGCUGCGGUGUGGUGUGGCGUGGUGUGCUGACCCUUCCACUUGCGAUGAAUGGGUUGAGGACAGCGGAUAAACCGUUUGGUGCUGUCUAGGAGAAGGAUGGGAUGCAUCUUGGGGUUGCUGACCGUCGACGCGAUCGCCGUGCUGACACCCGAGAGGGACUUGACACACGCAACGAAACCUAGAUAACCACCUGCAGACCACCCCAAGCAGAAGCGUGAAGGGCUACGGACAUGUCCGGUCGGUUUCCGUACCAAUGCCUGUGCGGUAGCCGUCGCUCAACCAGAGCACUUCGGGAAUGCCCUCCAAACAGGGCUCAUGCUGCACACACAAGACAGCAUCGUCAGCACAGUCUAUCGCUUGCGUGCCGUCCUGUGUUCUCAGCUGUGUCCCCAGCAGCGCCUGUAUGAGACGGAGCUUCUCUGCUGAGGGGGCGAUGAGCGCCGGGACGGCUUGGCUGAUGGCCCGGAUGGUGUGCUUGGCUUGGUUGUCGACGAUUCUCUCCCACACGCGCAAAUUCUGCUCAACCGCCUGACCGCCAGGCAACCAUAUAGAGAGGGAGAGAGAUGAGCGUGCGCGCGUGAGACUCAUCAAGUGCUGCUCAGCUGUGAGUAAGGUGCAGUGCACACACCUGUGGUUUGUUUGGUGUGGCGAGGAGGUUGAGCGCCUGCCGCCUCUGCUCGUCCACCAUCUCCAGAUGGCACCUGAGCACUCGACUGAGAUGGUCAAGACCUCUGAGCUGCUUGGCAAACUGGAUCAACACACAGACAGACAGACAGACAGACGGCAUCGAUUGCAAUGCAUGGCGUGAUCACCGUGCCGACGUGUGCGUGUGCAUCUUUCUUACUGGUGGCUGCAAGUGCGGCAGCUGUGGUCCAGGGAGGGUCCCUGUUGGCUUGAUGGAUCCAGUCGGUGGAUGGCUGUCGGCGAUGAGUGGCACCGGUGCGGGGAGAGACUGUGGGUGCUGGCCAGGAGGGCCUCUUCAUUGAAAACCCGGCACGACACACACGCACAGACAGACAGACAGAGAGAACAAGAAUGGACAUUCGUCACGCUCAUGUGAUGGACAGGCACUUGUGGCUUACGGAGCUGUGUGUUGUGCCAUGCAGUAAGGCGUCAUCAGCUUCUCCAUUACACGCUGCCAGCAACCUGCAUACGGGACAACACACACACACACACACACACACACGAUGAAGACAUACAAAUCGGUAUCGCAGGGACACACUGCCGUUGACAGACGGUGCUUCUGCCUCACGUGUCGAUGUGUGGUAGUGUUGUGUGAUGAAGUUAUCCUCCGCCCUCCCAUGUGUGCCGCACACACGACACAGUGUGUGCCUCUCGCCACUGCAGACACACACAUAACACAGUAACGUGGACCAUCUAUGACAGAAAUUAGAGAUCUCUGCCGACCCGUUGUCGAAACGGAACCUCCGGUCACCGACAAACAGACUGCCCGGCUCUGUCACCACCUCCUCGGUCACGUCGGUGUGCGGAAAGGCCCAGACGGCCUCGAACACAGCAUCGACCACCAUCCUCCGUCUCGCCCGCCAGAUCUGCA